AACAUUAUUAUAGAUAAUGUAUCAGUCUCAAUGCUACAUUACCUUAUGAGUUAAUUCUGUUCGUCUUUACAUUUCAUGCAGAUAUUUUUUUCCCUCUAUUUUCAUCACAUUCUCUAUCCUUUCAUAAAAAAACUAGUCUUUCAUAGCUGUAAGCCUCUAUAUUUCCUGGUAUCCAAAACCAUUGGUCAGUUAACGUAACUCUUAUCUACAAUGGAUGAUCCAAACGAAAACACCCCAUUAAUUUCAACCCAUCAACAAGAAGAUCCAGAUUCAAUACAUGAAAACUAUGAAGAAGAACAUCAUCAUCAAGAAAGUCAACCCUUACUCAAUCCAUCAUCAUCAUUUAAAGAUGAGAAUUCACCGGUCAAACAAGUGGCGUUGACUGUUCCGACCACAGAUGAUCCAAACUUACCGGUGUUGACUUUCAGAAUGUGGUUCCUAGGAACAUUAUCAUGUGUAGUAUUAUCUUUCCUUAACCAGUUUUUCUGGUACCGUACAGAACCGUUAAGUAUAACGGCUAUAUCUGCUCAGAUUGCUGUUGUACCUUUGGGACAAUGGAUGGCGUCGACGCUUCCUAACCGUAGGAUGUUAAGAGGGACAAGAUGGGAAUUCUCGUUAAAUCCAGGACCGUUUAAUGUGAAGGAACAUGUUUUGAUUACAAUAUUUGCAAAUGCUGGGGCUGGAAGUGUUUAUGCUAUACAUAUUGUUACUGUUGUCAAGAUUUAUUUUAAGAAACAUCUCACUUUUUUUGUUUCUUUACUUGUUGUUCUUACCACCCAGGUGUUGGGGUUUGGAUGGGCUGGUAUUUUCCGGCGUUAUCUUGUUGAGCCCGCUGAAAUGUGGUGGCCUUCCAAUCUUGUUCAAGUUUCUCUUUUCAGGGCUCUGCACGAGAAGGAAGAACGGUCCAAAGGCAGUCUUACUCGCACCCAAUUCUUCCUAAUAUCUUUCAUAUGCAGCUUUGCAUAUUAUGUUUUUCCAGGAUACCUCUUCCAAAUGUUAACUUCUCUAUCCUGGGUAUGUUGGCUUUGGCCCAAAUCUAUACUAGCCCAACAAUUGGGAUCUGGGCUACACGGGCUUGGGAUUGCAGCCAUUGGGCUAGAUUGGUCCAGUGUCUCAUCCUAUCUUGGAAGCCCACUUGCAAGCCCAUGGUUUGCCACUGCCAAUGUUGCUGCUGGCUUUUUGAUAGUUAUGUAUGUGGUUACUCCUAUUAGCUAUUGGUUUAACCUUUAUAAAGCCAAAACUUUCCCUAUAUUUUCAAGUCAACUCUUCACAUCAUCAGGUUCAGUUUACAAUAUAACUGCUAUUGUAGACUCCCAUUUUCGUAUCGAUGAAGAGGCUUACCAACAACAAGGCCAUCUUUACCUUAGCACUUUUUUCGCUAUGACUUAUGGAGUCGGAUUUGCUGCAUUAAGUGCGACUGUUGUGCAUGUAGCACUCUUUCAUGGAAGGGAAAUAUGGGAGCAAAGUCAGGCGAGUUUCAAAGAGAAGAAAAUAGACAUACAUACAAAGCUAAUGGCACGGUACAAGGAAGCCCCCGAGUGGUGGUUUUGGGUGAUCUUGGUUGUUAACAUUGCGGCUACGAUCUUUGCUUGUGAAUAUUACAAGGAACAACUCCAACUUCCAUGGUGGGGGGUUUUGCUUGCUUGUGGCAUUGCCUUCAUCUUUACACUUCCUAUUGGAAUUAUAACUGCUAUCACAAAUCAAACUCCCGGUUUGAAUAUCAUCACGGAGUACAUCAUUGGAUACAUCUACCCUGGAUAUCCGGUGGCAAAUAUGUGCUUUAAAGUUUAUGGUUACAUUAGUAUGAUGCAAGCCAUUACCUUCUUGCAAGAUUUCAAACUAGGCCAUUAUAUGAAAAUUCCUCCUAGAACAAUGUUCAUGGCUCAGGUAGUGGGAACUCUUAUAUCCGCGUUGGUUUACCUUAGCACGGCAUGGUGGCUAAUGGAAACCAUCCCGGAUAUUUGUGUACAAACAGCCACAAAUAGCGUAUGGACAUGUCCUGGUGACACUGUAUUUUACGAUGCCUCAGUCAUAUGGGGUUUGAUUGGACCUCGUAGAAUCUUUGGAAACGAAGGGAUCUAUGAGGCGAUUAAUUGGUUUUUCUUAGGAGGAGCUAUUGCUCCGAUUUUGGUUUGGUUAGCUACUAAGGCAUUUCCGAACCAAGAAUGGAUUAGGCUUAUAAACAUGCCUGUACUAAUCGCAGCAACAGGAAUGAUGCCACCAGCAACUGCGGUGAAUUACACAACAUGGAUUCUGGUGGGUUUUCUGUCUGGAUAUGUGGUGUUUAGGUAUGCUCCGGAAUGGUGGGAACGCCACAAUUACUUGCUCUCCGGUGCACUCGAUGCUGGGUUAGCUUUCAUGGGAGUGGCCUUGUAUCUUUGCUUAGGGUUGGAAGAAAUUAGUCUUGAUUGGUGGGGAAAUGAUCUUGAUGGCUGCCCUUAUGCAUCUUGUCCUACUGAGAAAGGUGUAAUGGUUCAGGGUUGUCCUGUUGGGUACAGCUAAUUUUGUAAAUAUUACACAUUGUAAUAUUUGUAAGCAUUGAUUCUUCAUCAUUCUAUUGUGUUUGUAAGAUUGAUGUUGAACUUCACGUUGAAAAUUUUUCAUGCAAUUGAAGUAAAUGUUUAUGGAACAAA